CGAGGCAUUCACGAGACAUGUGAUAAUGAGAGUGAGGAUGAUAUGAAUGUUAAUAUAUCGAGACAUCGAGAAACCAAUAAUGCAAAUACACUGUUAGCCACUGGGGUUUUCACUUCAGCCGAACUCUGCCGGCUCUCGAAAGCGUCUAUAAUCCAACCGCAAUCGCCAGGACUGCCACAUGUGAUAAAACUGGAGCCAAACGUCGGUUCCUAUUAUUGCAAUAACUAUUCGCCGGACGAUCCGAACGAUACGUUAGCCGUUUCCAUACCGGUGUCGAGUCUGUCGUCGGGCGCCGGCAACGCGUCCAUUAUGACCAGCGCCGGACACAACACACACCUAACCAUUAGCCACACGGCCUCCACGUCUAGUCCGGGCAGUGAUGUCCAGCACCAACACCCGCACCAUCAGCACAACAGCAAACGCCAG